GGACGGUCCAAACCAUCAAGGGUGAUGAUGAGCAAGGGAAACAAAAAAGCUAACCAGCUUACAAAACCCAAUGCUGAGCCCUCCACCUCCACAGGUGUAGAACUGUCUGGGGCUCCUACUCCCUCCCCCCUACCUCUACACAAACCCUCACCUGCACCACACUCUACACAACCCCUGUCCCCUAGGCCCCCUCCUCUUCUUCGGACUCCUACAGUCCCACUUCUCUCUCUCCCCCUCUUCUCUCCUACCUAUCACAAAUGGUCCAACAAUAGACUUCAGGAGUGGCACAUCAGACCUAACAAACCCAUACUAUUCAUAGGUGAUUCCAAUCUGGCCCGUAUUCCCCCUCAUCCAUAUCCCAACAUACAGAUAGACAGCUACCCAGGUGCCACAGCCAACCACAUGAACCAGUUACUGGAGAAAACCUCCCCACAAGAAGCUGUUGAGCUGUUAGUCCUGUCGGUGGGUACCAACAACAGAGAGCACAAUGCUAAGGCCACCACCAACAAACAACUUCACAAAAUGUUUAAGUUGGCCACCAAAGUUUUCCCCAACGCCAACAUUUAUGUCCCGGUCAUCAACUUUUCCCCCUCUAUUCACCCACACUACAAGUACAAUCUCACCGAGAUUAACCGCUAUAUCACCACCCACCUCCCCCACCUCCAACCACUUCCAGCAGAUCAAUUUUCCACCACACUUGAUCACAUCCACUGGACCCCAGAAGUAGCUUCCAAAAUCCUCCACUUCUGGUGCUCACAACUAAAUUUAACGUUUCACAGACCCUAAAUCAGGACACACCCUCACACACCCUGAAUCACACUUCACCUCACACUGA